GGACAUUCUCAUCCUGCUUUGUUAAUCGUUCAACAAGAAAGAUGUUGAGGAUACCGCACUUCUCUGUCUUGGUAGCCAUUCUCAUGGCCUCUUCCCUUGCCAAACCACUGGAAGAACAAGGGGGCUACACCAAAACAAAAGUGCCUCAUUUUGAGAAGGUGAAGUUCCAUGACGAAAUCAUUGAGAUUGAAGUCGACGACGUCAAUCCCUUCAAUCGUUCCCAACCAGCAGACGAGGGGUAUUCUCCCAGUGCCUACCAAACUGAUAUGAUACUCAACAAGGAGCAAAAGGCAGAGUUAAACGACGGCGGUAACUCCCGUACCAAGCGGAAAGCCACCACAUUCUCUGCAGCAUUAUGGCCAAACGGCAGAGUUCCCUAUGAAAUCACAAGUGGAUUGGAUCAAAAAACUGUCAAUGCCAUCAAGGCUGGUAUGGCUCAUUGGGAGGAACACACAGGAGUAUAUUUCGAACCAUUCUCUUAUCCAACCGAGGACAGGCUUAAGUUCAUCAAGGGUGACGGAUGCUAUUCAUAUGUUGGCAGACAAGGAAAGUCUCAAGAUGUUUCUAUUGGAGAAGGAUGUACCAAGCUCGGGAUCGUGGCUCAUGAGAUCGGUCAUGCAGUUGGAUUUAAUCAUGAACAGUCCCGCUCAGAUCGAGAUAAUUACGUGGAUAUCGACACGACCAAAAUUACUAGUGGCUUUAGCAAUAACUUCGACAAAACUUCGACGUUCACCGGCUUGCCUUAUGAUUUUAAGUCAGUAAUGCACUACGGCGCAAGAGAUUUCGGAAUAGACCGUCAAGUAGUGUUGAAGCCGAUAGGGGAUCCUUUUGCAGUUCAUGAUAUGGGCCAACGUGAAGGUCUCAGCUUCUUUGACAUAAAACUGGCCAACCUGAUCUACCCUGGUGACAGUCAUCGCUCUGGAACUGACCCAUGUGGUGCCAACGGAUACAGAGACAAGACUUGCAAAUGCCAAUGUUUAUACACUUUCCAGGGAGAAUUCUGCGAUAUACCAGACGAAACAAAUGUUGAUCGCGAGAUGCCAACAGCUCAAACUGGCGAAUUCUGUUCCCCUGGCUAUGACGGAACCACUCCAUACAGUAACGGCAAGUCUUUCUCUACGUAUUUAAAGGCAGAUCCAGGCGAACUGAUCCGCGUUCAUUUCGAUUUCUUUAACCUUGAAAGUUAUGAUACAACGUAUAACCGUUGUUGGGAUGGGCUUACAAUAAAUGUAGAUGAUAUGUUUGGUUUUGGGACCACUUACUGCGGGAAUAAUAUACCUCCAGAUGUAGAAGGUCAGGAAAUAAUGGUGAACUUCCAUUCUGACGACUCAGUGAAUGCGAAAGGAUUUCACGCUACAUACUCAAAGGUGACAACAGGAGGGAGUAUAUGUCCAACAACGCCGAUCGGCUGUAAAGACACCGUUACGAUUAGCCCCGGAUGCGAGGUAACCAUUCAGUCUCCGAAUUAUCCAAGUCAAUACUCCAACGGUGGCGACUGCAGCUACUCCGUCAGUUCUCCACAAAAUUCACUUCAGCUCACCUUUUCUAAAUUUCGCACAGAGGCAAACUACGACUUUGUUAGAUUCGUGAUUCAACAAACGGAAACUGCUCUGUCCGGACUUCAUACCGAUAUGACCAAGCUGAGUUAUCAGGCGAUGGAUAAUAUUAAGUUGACCUUCACGUCAGAUAACUCUGUUGUUCAAGACGGCUUUGUAGCCAAGAUUAAAGCAGUGAAGAUAUAAUUGACAACAAGUGAAAGACGGAGGUACCUUCAUGACUGAAAGGACGGCACUCCAUACAUUUCCUAUUUUCUGUGGAUGGGGGUUCUUUUCUUUUCUUCCUAUAAACUUGAUAAGUUUUAUUGAUGAUGAUGACGAGGAUUAUGAUAAUAAAUAAGAAGAAGAGUGAUGAUUGAUAACAAUAAUAAUGAUAACUAUAAUAAUAAUAACAAUAUUCAAUCUGGCUUGAUUGAAUUUAUCACUUUUGGAGGUACUGAGACCAAGGGGUCUUUGUCUCGGGUUUGACUCCCGGCAUGGCACUCUUGUCCUAAGGCAACGCCUUUUUAUCUAAGUUGAUCGCACAUUAAAUAAAUGGAGAUUCUAAAUGUAUUUUGAAAGAAACGUGUGCACGUGUUAAAAAAAUCCGAAAGUGAGAGCUACGACUUUCUAAACUUCUUUAAACCUAAGUAUACAAACCAGCAAUAUUUUUUUCUGUUUCAGACAUCAACUUCUUAAUUUCGCCCGUAAACGAAGAAAAAUAUAUUGCACAUCGAAUUGACUCAGAUUCAGAGACAUUAUUUUGAAUAUAAAGAAAAAAAUUGCAUAUCAUUCAUAUAGCAAUAUUAAAUUUUAUUUGUUCCUAUAUAGGUGAUCUAUAUCUAAUUAUAUUGAUACAAUGUUUGUAAUAAUGGGUUUCUUUUCUUGUGGAAUAAAAUAACAAGUAUCAUGC